AAUAUAGUAACGGGGAGGGCCAAGGCCUAGGGGUGGAGAAAAAAAUCACAAGUGAAAGAAGUCACCAAAGGUACCUGAAUAUGACUUUAUGAUUGUUGCAGAUAGAUCUGCGGGAAAAAGAACCCUGUUGAAAAAGGUACAUUUAGUCAGUUGACGGCUCAUAUAUACUGGCCAUACUCAGUUCAUAGACAUUUUGUAUGUGAAAAGUAACUGGCGUAGACAGAACAACCUGCUUGUCUAUCUGUCUAGAAUAAUCACAAGAAUGGCCUCAGCAGUAUUGGUGAAGCAAACUCUAAAAGUAAAGCCGAUCCUUGUGAUCCUGCUCGCCGCAUCACUAUCAGCCUGGGGAUUGUGGAAGGUCACUUUACCAGGGACUACUACAGGAAAACGCAGUCUUUUACCAGUAAUCGGCAGGCGUGUACUGCCUGCACGGGACGUGAGUAAGCGCCCACUCCAGGACAAUGGUUCCGUGAAGACACCAGUCGCUCAGGAGCCAUAUCAUAAGAAGCUCGUUCAGAUUUCUAAAGUAUGGGGGCAGUAUGGCUUAGGCUUUUCCUGGCCACACACUGUCAAAAAUGCUAUGCCCACAUGCCAACACCCAGGGAUGGUCCUGAUUUGCCAGAAUCCACGAAAGAGACUUAUCAUACUCUACUGGAAUGCUGUGGUUGGCAACAAGAACUUCACGAUGUUCCCUCCCAGUGAUGGCCUGUUACACUUUGGAUGCUGUGACGGCAUUGACAUGAUCUACACAACAGACCGCAAGAUGCUUGCUGUUGCUGAUAUUGUAGAAUUCGCAGCUCCAGAGCUUCCUGACCCACUGCCCUCCAAGGGUCACAAGUACCAAUUGUUUAUGGCAACAAGCACUGAAGCUCCAUACGCUGCCAGUAGAAAGGACAAUGUCGCUCGGAUGUCUGGAAUAAACUUGCUUCGAUCGUAUGCUUGGACCAGUGAUAUUCGCCACUCGUUCACUGAGCCAGGAGAGUGCUUUUGCAAACAAUAUGUGAAGCCUCUGAAGAUACCGUACGGCCAGCGACAUGUAGCUCCUGUGUCAGCUCUGGUUUCCAAUUGCUGGUCAUUCGGUGGCCGUCAAGAUUUGUUGAAGUACAUGAUGCAGAAGAUUAAGGUUCACAGUGUCGGCGGCUGUCUCAACAAUCAUAGGCUCCCCGCUAAUGUCCAGCCCGCGCUGGAAAACUAUCUGUAUAAUUUUGCUGUUGAGAAUGCCAUAUGUAUGGACUACAUUACGGAGAAGUUUCAUCGGGCCUUGUCACUAGGCACGGUACCCAUAGUGCUGACCCAGGGUCAAAUGCCAGGAUACGAGUUUGUGGCUCCUACAAAUUCUUCCUACGUCGAUCUGUCUCGCUUUCGGACGCUUGAUGAUGCCAUAGCGUUUAUCAGCGACAUGGCGGCCUCACCAGAGAAGUACGCGCAACACCACAGUUAUAGAGGUGAGCCAAUCACAAGUCCAGUCUUGUCAGCCAAGUUCAAACACCACGUGUGCAAGCAGACCGAAGACAAUCUUGACCAAUGGUGCCAACUUGCCAAAGCCAUGGAGACGAGGAGAGGAAGAGAGCAGCUGCUCCAGAAAACGUACGGCCGGUAUGAUUCUACUUCAAAUCGUCAGUGUGCUGAUGAAGGCUCAAUAUCAACCCUCGUCCCUAGAUGAGUCUGACAUCUACUCGUACUGUGUCUUGACUCUAUAGCACAAUAUUAAUAGACGGCUUCUCGCACAUUUUUAAACCAAAACACUUUUGUGUGCGUCUAAAGGUCAGACACAAACAAACCUCUAACCCAGACUAGUUGAUCACCUUCUUAGUCUAUACAUGUACCUAGUAAGUUUUUGUGGAAUACGUACAUGUGUAGCGUUGGCACGCUAGUAACCAAGGUAACUACUUACACAGCUGCAGCGUGAAUCACUUUCAAUGUGUUGGUCACGCGUGUUGCACCGCAUCCUGCACUUGCAACUCUUACUACCGUGCUUGCAGCUCCAUGACAUGCAUAGUAACUAGUCUCACUGUGUUCAUGUAUUACUCCCACACACUAGGAUGACCUGAGGAAUACUAGCACAUGUACCCUGUAGACCCUUUUGAUGCAUUUCACUUUCGACCUCCUUUUCAUUUAUCUACACACAUUCUAAUGAAACUUCCUUAGAAUUCCUAAUGGCUGUCUUCCCUGUGCCUCUUUUACGCCCAUUGUCCACACUGCUAUUCAGCUCCUUCUUC